GAUGCAGAAGGUCAGUCACAAAGACAGAGAAAGAGACCACCACCUCACACAGAGCGGGAGUGGCAUGCUGCUGACGGUUGGUUAUAAAUAAGUAUUUCUCUGGGCCAGAACCCAGACAACCAGACCCAGGGGAGAUAGGGGAGCAGCGGAAUCACCAUUGCCCAGUCCAAGCACAGGGUGGCGAUGGAGACCUCCUCUACAACCAAACAGUCUGACCAGGAGGUUCCCAAGAAAGAAAGGACAGAUGGAGAGCCUGGUGAGAACAGGGAAGAAGAAGAGACAGUGGAAAAUGGAACAGCAGUGGUGUCUGACUGUAAGCAGAUGGCCAGGGAGGCGUUGGACUGGCUGAACGUCUGGGAGCCCAGUGUUUACUACACCCUGGGAAAAGAGUCCUUCUUCAUCGCUGGUCAUGAGAUCUGCAUCCGAGAGUCUCUGGACUCCUACGGCGCCCUCAUCUGGCCGGGGGCGGUAGCUCUAAGUCAGUUCCUGGAGAAUAACCGGCAGCAGGUGAAUCUCCUGGAUAAAGCAGUUCUGGAGAUCGGGGCAGGCACAGGCUUACUGUCUAUUGUGGCGAGUCUACUGGGAGCCUGGGUAACGGCCACCGACCUGCCCGAAAUCCUUCCCAACCUGACCUUUAACCUCUCUCGUAACUCCAAGAGCCGCUGCCGCUACACCCCCCAGGUGAGGGCCCUCACCUGGGGUCAAGACCUCGAGAGAGACUUCCCCUGCACUUCCUGUCGCUACGACUAUGUUCUGGCAGCCGAUGUGGUGUAUCACCACGACUACCUGGAGGAGCUGCUGGCGACCAUGCGCCACUUCUGCAGACCAGCAAGUGGCACCACGCUCCUGUGGGCCAAUAAGGUGAGGUUUCAGUCAGACCUGAGGUUCAAGGAGAGCUUUGAGAGUUGUUUUAGUACGACGCUGCUGACAGAGCUGAAGGAGGGGGACGUGAGGAUCUAUAAGGCCACUGCACGGGAGUGAGAGGGAGGAAAGGAGGGAGAGAGGAUAGACGUGGAGGGGAUAGUGAGAAAUGAAGGAGAAAGAGGGAUGGAGAGACCAGGGAGGAUAGGAGCUAGACUCAAGGAAAUGAGGUGAGAAAUAGAAAGAGAUGGAGGUUGUUCUCCACCGUGGAUGAAACAGGAGCUCAAUAGCUCACUACAGAGAACGGACUGCCUGGAGCCCAUUCUGUGGUGCUAAGUCAUCCUCGGGAUGGGUACAUUCACCUCAUUAGCAUAUUAGACAGACAACAAAAGCUGAUUCUGU